CAUACUUCGAAACGUUUGAAUUUUCAAGUAAAAUUCAUUAAAAAAAAAUGUCUGCACUCCUCCUUUCAGUAAUUUGCGUGAUUUUUGUCAUUGGAGCACCCUGUGCCGGUCAUGAGUACGACUUGGAAAAAGUGAAAAAUGGAAUAUGUGUUGAAAAAAAUAAGGAGCUGUCAGUUUGCUGUAGAAAAAUUCUUGUACCAAUGGUGGACAAAAUUGAGAGUACAGGAUGCAAUGUAGUAACAAAAGUUUGCGGAAGAGAGAUGGCAACAAGUUUUUGCGAAUACUCUGUAGAAGAAAUCAAAAGCUGUCACGAGUGCCUGAUGAAGAAACUUGAGGGUGAUGAUUUGGAUAACUAUAAGAAAUUGCCAGAAUGCCUAUCGUAAGGAAGACAAAUGAAGAAUCAUUCAAAUCAAGACAAAUGAAGAUCAAGAAAAAUCACUAUAACUGUUAAAAAGGAUAACGAAAACUACCCAGUGUAUUAUCAUUUGCUUGAUAAAAGUUCAUUUUUCAAUAAACCAUGAUUAAAAACUGUGCGCGUAUUUUUACAGUGAA